AUGUCGUUAAGCUCUAUCCAACCAGAUUUUGAUGGCAAUCGAUCGCCUGGACUUUCAGCCAAUCUAUCAUCCAACAACCCCUUUAGGAAUCGAGCCGUGUCUCCAGCUAUGCCUUCUUCUACCCAACACACGAUGGCAUUUUCUCGAACAAGCCCGACUUCACCAGGGCCAGCUCUAACAGGCAAUGCAGCGGAUUUAUUUGACGAACUGACAAUCGGAGAUAAACCUGUUCCAAACAGAAAUAACAAACCAGGGAUGGUACGCUCAAACACAGGUACAACCCGACCACAGGCAGAGAACAUCCCUCCCGCAAGGCCAUCGGGACAUAGACCAAUGAGGUCACAGGAAGAGGCAAUGCGUGCGAGAAGAGCAGCUGGAAAGCCAUCUUCAAGCAGCAGGCCACGCGAAGAAGAAGUAUUAGAUAUUUUUGCAGAUCCCAACGAUAGCCCAAUACAAAGAGCAAGACGUAACUCCGACACAUCUAUUAUGGAACGAAAGCCCAAAUUACUUGAUCCAGAAGAUCAACGUAGACGUUUAGAGAAAGAAAAGAGACAUCGUGAUCGUAAGCGCGCUGCAGAAAAGACCAAGAAGAAGGCACCUCUCGAUGUUAUUGAUCAACUAGAUGCCACCAGCAUUUUCGGAAUUGGCACAUUCCAUCAUGAUGGGCCAUUCGAUGCCUGCAGGCCAGACCGUAAUCAAAAAGGAAGUCGUCGUGCACCAAUGCAAGCCUUCGCUAAAGAUUCAGCCAACAAUUCACUUGGAGGUGGAGGACCUCUGAACAAGAAACCUGAUCAUGCAACAUUUAUGGGCAAUAACGACGCAGAAGCACAUCUUGAUUAUGCUCGUGGAGGAGAUAAGGUCGAUAAUUUUGAACCUUAUACUCAUCGCCCGGGAAUGCCUAGCCGCACAGAAUCUGCCAUUGAAAGUGCAACCACACGUGUUGAGCCAGUUCAUGGCGAAGAGUCUAUGGGCCUGGGAACUUCUACUUUCCUUGAAGGUGCUCCAGCUUCUCGUUCAGCUGUUCAAAAGAACCAGAACGAGCAAUUUGGCAUGGAUGGCGGGCUAUCUCGAAAGAAGUCAUUGGCACAGAAGAUCCGCGGCAUCAAUAGCCGGCGCGAUUACGGACCUUCUGGGAGAAUGACUAGUCCAGAAGGCAUGUACAGCGCCACUUCUCCAGACGGGUACACACCCGGUGGAAGUAGGGUAAAUGAAGCCAAUCCAUUUUUCAAUGAAUUUGGCAAGGGCGACGAUACUAUCAAGGAGGAAACAGUCACAUUUGCUGAACUGCCACCAAGACCUGGUCGCUCUCGUGCUCCUUCUAACCCCCCAGGAAUCGAAAGGCGUGUCACUAGCGAUAGCAUCGGGGAAUCUUCCAGACCUCCCGUAUCCAAUGGUGGAGGAGGGUUCUUGUCUAGAGUUAAGAGUUUGAAGGGAGGGCCACGGAAGCCAAGGGUUGAGAAUAAGCCAUUGCCAACACCAACACCUCAGCUACUUUGA